AUGGUCGUCACCAAGAACCCCAUCAUCAACCGCACCGAGCAUGGUCAGUGUCCUUUUCCGCAUCGCAUCCCCUAUGAGCCUCUCCCCCGCAGUGCCGCUCCCUAGCGCCGCGCCUAUUUCAAGACCACAUUUUCAUCCGGCUUCUGAAGAGUGCCGAUUUACCGGAUGGUGUCACCCCAUGUCACCCGACUCGACAUCUCUUUGCAUUCAGGGUGAGAUCGCAAGAAGACCGACAGACUGACCUUUAAAUGACCCAUCUGCACCGAUCGCAGUCGGCUCGUUCUUGCGUCCCAAGGAGAUCCACGAAGCUCGUCAAGCCCAUCUCGAGGGCAAGAUCACCGAUGCCGAACUGCGCAAGGUCGAGGACGACGCGAUCCGCACCGUUGUGCAACAGCAGGAGAAGGCGGGCCUCAAGGGUAUCAGUGAUGGAGAGUUCCGCGUGAGUCUUUCGGUAUGGGCCGGGACGCGCGAGCGGACGAUACGGCCGGUGAACGGAACUUGUUUCGCCAGGCCGAAUAGGAGAGGGGGUAUCGGUUUGUUGGCUUGCCCGUGGCAUGGUGCUGAUUCAGACGAGGGGCGUCAUGCUUUCCUCCAAUCCGAUUUUACAGAGAGAAUACUUCCAUCUCGAUUUCUUGAAGCACCUCGGAGGUGUCACGGUCACCCAGAACAAGCUCGUCGAGGGCAAAGCCGAAGCAGCACGUAAGUAUUCGAAGAUGAUCGAUCUUUGAGCAACAUAAUUUCUGACCAGUCGAGGUUCUAAUUUGCUGCACAGCGCCCCAGUUGACCGUCACGGGCAAGUUGGCUCACACCGGGCCGAUCCAAGUUGCCGACUACCAAUUCGUCAAGUCGUGCCUCUCGGCCGAAGGCACCGAAGUCAAGGUCGCGAUUCCUUCGCCUACGAUGGUCCACUUCCGAGGCGGUCGCGCCGCGAUCGACAUCAACUCGUACCCCAACAUCGAGGACUUUUUUGAAGACUUGGCCGUCGUUUACCGGGCCGAGAUCGAUGCGCUUUACAAGGCCGGCGCGAGGUACAUCCAGUUGGAUGACACCAACUUGGUGAGCAGGACUUUUCUCCCCGAGUUAUGCCACCGAAAAUAACGAAGAAUGUUGCUAUCCCGUAGGCCUACCUGUGCUCGGACGAGAUGAGGAAAGCAGCCGAGGAGCGAGGCGAGGACGUCCGACAAUUGCCUUCCAACUACGCCAAGUUGAUCAACGCCGCUUUGAAGGACAAGCCCGAGGAUAUGACGGUCGCGAUCCACUUGUGCCGUGGUAACUUCCGAUCGAGGUCGUUCGCCAGUGGUGGUUACGAACCCGUUGCCGAAGGUCAGUCCUAGACGUAGUCAUCUAACGGGAACGCUCAAAUGAGCCGAGGUGCUGACUCUUUUCACCCCUCCUUCGAUCCAAACAGUCCUGCUUAAGGAUCUCAACGUCGAUCAAUACCUCCUCGAAUACGACGACUCGCGCUCCGGUGGCUUCGAGCCCCUGCGCCACCUCCCCAAGGGCCACAAGACCGUCACGCUCGGUCUCAUCUCGACCAAGACGGGCAAGCUCGAGGACAAGAAGGAGGUCAUCGCGCGUAUCCGCGAAGCGGCGCAAUAUGCGCCUUUGGAGCAGUUGAGCGUGGGGUGCCAGUGCGGGUUCGCUUCGACUGUGCAUGGAAACGAGUUGACGCAGGAGGAACAGUGGGCCAAGAUUCAGCUUUGCCAGGAGAUCGUUGAGGAGGUUUGGGGCAAGAAGGCAUAA